CUAAGAGUUUUCACUCGCAUUGGGCUGUGCGGAAUUUAGGCCCUUCACUUACCCGAUAUGAUUUUUUUUUUAUUUAAUCGGCACCGCUUAUCAAGGCCUCUCGCGACAUCGUUUUUACAUCCGCGGUACUGUUUUAAUUCUCCGCGAUGCCGCUUGUCUCCAUGCGGUACCGCUUCUCCCCCUCCGACAAGGAAUAAAAAUAAUAAUAAUACUAACUCCUUUUCCAACACCAAUACUACGCGCGCGGCCCCCUCCUGUUUUCUGGUAAACAAUGUCGUUUCCAGUGCCGCGGUACCGGUGAGCUUCCUUGCGGUACCGUUUUUUGUUUCGCGGUAUUGUUUUAACUCACCGCGAUACCGCUUGCCGCGGUGCCGUUUUUAGCCAAACGACACUGUUUCCCAGUCUCGCGAUGUCGUUGAGCUUUGAGGUUCGCGGCACCGUUUUAUCUCUUCGCAGCAUUGCUUGACUCCAAACGGUGUUGUUACCCUCCUCCUCUGACAAGGAAAAAUAGAAUAAAAAACAUUCCUUGUCCAACAGCAACACAUGUCCUGCGCAUGACUCACACAUGGUCUGCAACCAAUGUCGUUUCAAGUAUCGCGGUAACGCCGAGCCUCUUCGCGGUCUCGCUUAAAUUCUCCGCGGUAUUGCUCGACUCCAAACGACAUCGUUUUGACCAUGCUAUAUCGAAUUAAAUGCCGAGACUCAUUAUUACGACAUUGAAUUCAGGCCAAAAAUAUUUUAGGUGUAAACAGCGACACACUUCUCCGACAAUCCUGGGUCCACCACUGCUCGUAUCUGAUUUCAAAAAGAAACUCAUAUUUGAUUUUAUAUUGAAUACAAGUUUUCUUGGCAAGUCACAUAUGCAUCAUCAAUGAGUUUAGUGGGAUAGUGGUGAUUCUUAGACAUAUUUGAUGUAUUUUUUUUUUAUUAAUUUGACGUAUCAAUAUGAGCAUGAUAUUGAAUCUAAGAUGGAUGAAAUAUGGAUGGAAGUGGCAAUUUUCUUGUGGAUUUCCAAAGUAAUUCUGGCAAAAAUAAGUCAUGGAAGUAUUUCGUACAAAUAAAAAAGUUAUAUGACCAUUAUGGAAUAGUUAACUCAUUCUAUUGGUUUUAUCGGGUUCUUUCUUCGUGCCUCGCUGAGCAUCACAAAACAAUAGGCAAGAUUCGAUUCGAGAUUUUCGUUUUCCAUGACUACCCUACUUCCCGCCACACCAUUCCAACGGCCGAUCGCUCGUCCGUUCAAAACGAGGAACCUCGUUCCCGCGUCCUCUUUUGGUCCCAGAAAUGUCAAAAUCAUUGCUCCCCAGAAAUCAAAAAAAGGAAUCACUGCUGGAUGUGCCUUGUUCGAUGAUGGGUCGCCUUGCUACGAAGUCCCUCUGUUGAGUGAAUGGCCUCAGCUGCUCAAGCUCUCGGCCAGGUCCCGCGAUUUCUUACUGGGUCUCGCGAUUCACGCGUGUUUGGUGAAAUCAGGGUUUGGGGAUGACCCGUUUAAGGGCAAUAACAUCGUCGAGUUCUAUUCGAAAUUGGGCAGAAUGGAUUUAGCGAGGAAGGUGUUCGAUGAAAUGCUUGUGAGAAAUACCAUUACUUGGACUUCAUUGAUUAAGGGAUACUUCGAUAAUGAAGACCGUGCGGGCAUGCUUGAAGCUGUGGUUAAAAUGCAUAAACUGGGAGAAAAUUUCAACGAGCAUACUUGCUCUGUGAUUCUGCAGGCGUGUAGCUCACAAGGGGAUCGGAUACUGGGGGAACAAAUUCAGGGUUUUGUUGUGAAAUAUGGGUUUGAGGAGAACGUUUUUGUGAGCACUUCUUUGAUUUCGAUGUACUCGAGAAGCGGGCAUUUGAGUGAGGCGGAGAAAAUAUAUAGAAGCGUUCCGGGUAAAGAUGUUCGGUGCUUCAACUUCAUGAUUUUGGAAUAUGGUAAUGGGGGAUGUGGUGAGAAGGCUAUGGAGGUUUUUGUGGAUAUGUUUUAUGCUGAUUUGCGGCCAAAUGAUUAUACAUUUACUAACGCGAUUAGCAUGUGCAAUGAAAAUCUAGGUGCCGACGAAGGUAGGCAAUUACAUGGACUUGCGAUUAAGUUUGGUUUUGUAGAUGAAAUGUCAGUUGGAAAUGCAAUUAUUUCCAUGUAUGGAAAACAUGGAAUGGUUGAAGAGGUUGAGACUGUGUUUUCUGCUAUGAACCACAGGAAUUUGAUUACUUGGACUGCACUGAUCUCAAGCUACAUAAGGAAUGGUCUUUAUCAACAAGCUUUUGAUGCUUUCUUUGUGUUCCGAGGACGUGGUGUCAACUGUGACUCUAACUUGUUUUCUACAAUUCUCAAUGGAUGUCUGGAAUGGCAGAACUUAGAAUUGGGAGCUCAACUCCAUGUAUUGGUUACAAAACUAGGUUAUCUCCAUGAUCCUGAGGUUGUAGCCGUUCUGAUAGAAUUAUAUGCCAAAUGUGGGAACAUGCAGUUGGCAAAAGUUAUGGUCAGUACAAAUAUUAGUACAACUACAUUCAAUGCCUUUCUAACAGCGUAUAUGGACAAGUGUGGAGCUGAUGAUGGAGAUCCCUUGGUUCUGUUUAGCCAGUUACUAUCAGAUGGAUAUAAACCUGAUUCUGUCUCUUUCUCACGGCUCUUCAGUUUAUCUGCUACUCAACCUUCCUUAGUAAGUGGGAAGACCCUUCAUACUUGUGCUAUCAAAACAGGUUAUGAGAAGGACGUUUCUGUGGCGAACUCUAUGAUUACAAUGUAUGCCAAAUGUGGAAACCUUGAUGAUGCUCAUCAAAUCUUCAAAGAAAUCAAUGGCCAUGAUCUUGUGUCAUGGAAUGCUUUAAUCUCUGGUUAUGGACUUCAUGGUAGAGGACAGAAGGCACUCCUUCUGUUUGAACAAAUGAAGGCAGAAGGCUUCACUCCUGAUGAGAUCACAUUAUUGGCGAUCCUCCAAGCCUGCAGUUACUCGGGUUUGUGGGAAGAUGGUAUAUACUUUUUCAGUUCAAUGGAGUCAAAAUAUGGUAUUCAGCCAUCAGUUGAGCACUAUUCUUGCAUGAUUGAUCUUUUGGGCCAUGCUGGCUAUCUAUCAGAGGCCGUAGAUAUCAUUAACAAGAGCAAUUUAUCUCAUUCGCCUUUGCUUUGGAGAACAUUGGUCAAUGUUUGCAAAUUACAUGGAGAUAUGAAUAUUGGUAGGCUGGCUUCCAAAAAUCUGCUUGAUUUGUCUCCUGAAGAGGCUGGAUCUUAUAUACUAGUAUCGAAUAUGUAUGCUGGGAAAGGAAUGUUACCUGAGGCAGCUAGAGUAAGGACCAUAAUGAAUGACUUGAACUUACACAAGGAGGCUGGUGUUAGCUGGAUUGAGAUUGAUAACAAAUUCCAUCACUUUGUUGCUAGUGGAAAAGAUCAUCCACAAGUCAAAGAGAUCUAUUUAAGAUUGGAUUCGUUGACAAAUGAGAUGAGAUGGAACUCUGAUGGUAUCACUGAUAUCAACUUACUUGGAAUCCCUGCGGCCAAAUAUGAAGAAUACCAGUCAUCCAUCUUGCAAAAUUGAAUAUGUUGGCUGAUUUCGCUUAUAACUGGCAGUGGCUCAUUGCAAUCAGGCUAGUUCUGAGUGAUCAUCAAAUUGCAAACUGCUUCAGUGCAGAACAAGGAUGCAAUAGGCUAUUGGCCACUCUAGAAGCAUCUGCGCUGUUGGCACUUCCCUGAACAGGUGCCACACCUAAUGAUGGUCUGCAGGAAGGUAGUGUCUUAACUCUUAACACGUGACUUCAAAGUGGAAGUGCACAUCCCUGAAAUUGUAUCGCCAAGGCAUACUUACGUAUUAACUACCUGCCUCUUUCAUGAAGUAUAAAGCAAUUUUUUCCAUUAGUUUGAUUAAACAAUGUUUUAGAAGAAAUUCUUCUAUGCUAUUGCCUGGUGUUUUUGAAUGUGUGCUCAACAAUGAUGUGGCUUUUUUAUUUUUAUUAUGACUGAUGUAAUCUGUGAUUAAUUUUGCAAGUAUUUGUCGACAUUUGUUGCUCUUUCGGGCAGGUGGCCUUUAUGAGGAGAGAGUUCUGCCUUCAAUUUUUGUGAAUAGCACAGCACCUCCUGUUCCCUUUCAACCUGCAUACUCGACGGGGACAAGUUUUUCUUUCACCAGGGCAAGUGGUCGCUCAAGGGCUGACUUGAAGGUCUUAGCGUUCUGGUGUCUGGUUUCACUUCCGCAUAUGGAAAGACAGGGGAAGAGAGCUAGAGAGAACAGGCAGUCAAAGCAGUAUAGUUGGUCCUCAGUUCCCCAUAAUUCACCUACAGGUCGCUUUGGUAAGUUCCGACUCAUUAAUGGAUGGAUUCUCUUAAGAUCUUAACGAUCAUGCUAGUUAAGUGGUAUCAUACUUUUGUGUAUAAUUUGGAUCUAUAUCUUUGAUAUCUUGACAUCAGCAUUAGGAAUGGCAACUUUGCUCAUACCCAUGGGUUUCUUACUAUCCAACCCAAUUGGGUUGGGUAUGAAAUCCAAAUAGAUGGAUAUGGGUAGAGUUUGAUGGGUUUGUACCCCAUUUACUUUGGGUUGAGUUGGGUUUAUAUCAAAUGGAUUUGGGUUUGUACCCAUGCCCAAAUACAAAUUACAGUUUGGUACCCAAACUUAAUAGACAUGCAUAUUUAGUAACUAAAUUUAAUUUUUUUCGCAUAUAAGUCAUCAAAAUAUCGAUGGAAAAUUAUGUUUUGGCACCUAAAUUUUUUGGUCUUACAUUUUGGUACCUAAACUUUUCAAGUUUUGCAAAUAGGUCCAAUUUUUGCAUGUGUAGUUCAAACACCCUCAAGUAAAUGGAUAUCCAUAUCCAACCCAUACCCAUUUAGAUUAUGGAAGCCCCAAACCCAAACCCAAACCCAUCUAUAAACCCCCAAAUCCAUAUGCACUUCACCCAUACCCAACCCAUUAUCAAUGGGUCUACUUGGGUUUGGAUAUAAUUACCCAUGGGUGGGUAAUUUGCCAUCCCUAAUCAGCAUGGCUCACUAGCUGCUUUUUUACUCUUAGCCAAUGUUAAUACUGGAAAGUUGAUCUACAGAUUUUGGAUUACCAUGGAAAUUUAGCAGAAGAUCCAAUAUCGAUCUGCCUUUUCUUAAAUCUUUGUUCGUGCGAUCAAUUUCACAGGCGUAAGAAACUUUAUAUAUAUAUGCAGUUUGUUUAUCUGAUACACUUUUUUACAUUUUUCUUUGUGUGGCUUUGUUAAGGUUGAGACGAGUCGUUCGGUGGGCUCCUUGUGCUUUAAGUUCAGCAUCCUCAAGAGUCAAGACAAGAAGAUGAGACAUCAAAAUCUUAAACAGCCCCGGGAAUUAAGAUUAUGGAGUACGUUGGUUAACGAAUCAUGUCAUCAACUUACACUGGAAAUAAAGGUGCCCUUUCAUAUUCCUCCCAGUAAGGUAAUGAAUGAAAUAUAACGCUGCCAGACUUAUUUCCAUUCGAGUUCACUGAAAUUGGCUACCAUGUUAACGGGUCCGUGUCAGUGGGGCUGACACGGUUAGAGAUCAACUGUCCCACUAUCUUAACCGUUAGAUGUGGGUCAUGUACGUGCAUCUGACGGUUGAGAUCGUCGUCACGAAAGAAGCCUACCCAUCAAUGAUACGACCCUGGGGGUGUAUAUUAUCAAAGUCAAGCAGCUAACGACUCAAUCGAAGGUUCGAUUGAGCUCGAAUCAAGAACAAAACGUUAUUAAGACGAACUUGGAUAAAACGGAACCAAAAGUGCAAUUCCACACCUGGGGAAAUACUCGAUUGUUAUUACGAUAGAUGCCCGACCACGAUUGAAGUGACUAUUCAAUCGAUACAGAGCUCAACGAGCUUGGAAUCCACCAAAGCUCACACUAGUACGCAAACGUGCAAAAAAACCAAAGGUUUCAAUUUAAUUCAUCAAAGUCUGAAUUUUACAACGAAAUAGAACGGUAUUUAAAGGCAAAUAAAACCUAAUACAAUCCUAAUAGAACUACGAAACAAUUAAGGUAAAAGUCUACAAUAAAAAGGACACAAAAUUCGGGUUUAAACUCCCUUUCUUGAAGCACAAGUAAGCUGCCAACAACAGUCCAAAAGCAGCUUUCGUACUAACUUCGCGCCUUUCGUUCGAGGCCUUCCAGAACUCCAAUAUUUCAUCCAAUUCCUUCCCUUUGUACAUAAACAUGCAUAGUUUCAUGUUGUGGAAGCCUUUAGACUUGAAUCAGAUCCAUGCUCCGUGAAUUAAGCUCCAAAGUAGGCUUCACAAAACAGUUUUCUGCCUUAGCCAUUUUCUGGCAGUUUUCCAGUUUUGCGGCAGAAACUUUGAGGCCUUGGAAAACAACUUUAAUGACAUCAUAUGGAUCCAAAAAGCAUACCAUUGGAAUUAUGGCAACUUUAUAUGAAAAACAAGCUCUUGAACUCCAAUUUUCAUUGAGUCAUUUGUGAGAUGCAUGCUUCCAAAGUUGGUACCCUGAACACGGAUUUUGACUUAGCCAAAUUCUGCCCUUCUUUCUUCUUCCCAACUUCGAUAGCUUCUUCAUAAAGUAAUUUUGGCUCGUUGAUUAACCGAUUUGGGACCAUAUCAAUCAACAUGCUAAUCGGAUUUGAGUUCGUUGCACCACCUGUUUUCUGUAUUUGCUUUGCCUUUGUUCAGCAUCACAUUCAACCAACAGACCUUUGCACAUUUUUGUUUUCCCCAUCUUUAUCAGUGUACCAAUUGGGAAGACACUGAUUACGCAAUUUGCGGUUCUGUUUUAGUGACUUGUAAAAGUGCUGUUCUUUUGUUUUUUCGGGGUCACUUUAUAUCAGUCGUUCAUCUCAUGGAUAGUAUUGAUAACAGUAAGUGCUCUUUCGUGUUGUAAAGAUAAUGCACAAUUCCAACAGCUUCUGCCACUAUAGACAGUUUCUAGGCGAUUAGUUCUUGGAUUGAUCUCAUUUGAUGGAUGCAUUGUAUAAUUCAGCACUCAUCCGUAGCUUGGAAAUGAAAAAAAAAAAAAAAAGCUUACCUCUAUUGAUCUCUUAAAUUCGUUGCUUAACUUCUCCUUUUUUACAUAAUCACAUCUUCGUAUGGCAGGUGACAUUCACAGGAGACGGAAAUUAGAGGGAUUAAUUAGCAUCUCCCAGAGCCUCCACGGAUUCGAGAUUGAUUUCAACGAUUGUGUUAGAAUGCUGUCACAGGCGCAUGCUUUAACGUUGUGGGAUACUCCGUUGCAGGUUGUCAAUCAUUGGGUUGACGUAAUAACGUGCUAUCACAAAUUGAUCCAAAAUCCAACAAUGUUGUGAAUAGUUCUGUACUAAUCAUGAAAUCGAAUUCUAAUUUGAAUGAGAAUACUACUAUGUUUUGUCAACAACAAAAGUUAAAAACAUUAUGCUGUGUUUUCUUUAUUUCUUACUUUCUUGUUUGGUUGUACAGAAAAGAGAAGAAUUUUUCCCAUUAGGGGGGAAAAGGUCAAGGAUAAUCACAUCGGUAUAAUCGGUAAGCCUCAAUUAUUAGCAACCUUUUGGACUCGUUAAUCAGACCUAACUCCUAUUGUGAAGUAUAUUUGUUUAAUGGGGCAGAUCACAGAUGCAUUGUUGAGUUCUGAAAUAAAUAAAUAAAAAUGAU